UAACGGGCACUCGUUUCACUCACUUCCGGUCAGGAGGCAAGGAUUUUGAGGGCUUGAUGGGAACCGCACGUGAACCUCAUCGAGGGGCGAGUGGCGAGGAGGACGCGAGCCUGCUUGGCAACCCGGUCGGACCGGACCGGACCACACUGACUGGACCGCUUUUGGCAUGAAAUUGUGCGAAUUUCAUUGACGCCUGCACGCCAAAUUUGACUGCGGAAAAGACGCUCAGGUGAGUCGCUAACACCUGUGGAGGACAAAAGGGGUGGCGGCGUGAAUUCUAAGUCAUUACCUCCUUUUUUUACACACUUUUUGCUGUGUAAUUCGGAUUCAAAUUUGCCCAAAUGGCGAAAUUUUGACUCCCGGUUAUCGGACCUGUUGUUCGCCCGAAUGGGGAACCACAUGGAGCGGUUAAGUUACGCCGAAGUUCCCACCGCGGACCCGCACGGCGUGGACCGGGACGAUGGUCCUCGUAUCGGCGUCUCGUACAUUUUCUCUGGUGGGGAGGACGACGAGGACGAACCGGGUGGAGGUGGUGAUAAUGAGGCGGCGGCGGACGGGACCCAGCCGAACUCCAACCCGGAAGAAACGCCGUUCGACCCGCGGGAGGAGGUGGAAUGCGCCGUAUACAAGCUGGACGAGUGCGUGUACGAGAAGAGUCGCCGGGCGUCCUCUUUGGAAGUGUACUCGCCGGAGAACUUGCUCAACAAGUGUCGCGCCGGCGAUUUGGUGGAGUUCGUGGCAGGCGGCCAGUACCCGCACUGGGCGGUGUACGUGGGCGACUUCCAGGUGGUCCACCUGCACCGAGCCGAGGUGAAAAGCGCCUUCCUGACGGACGCCGGCCGAGGGAGACGUUGCCGGAUCGUCAACGAGCGGUACAAAUUCCGAGCCCGAGACCCGGAGGUGGUGGUGCAGAGCGCCCUGGAGCAGGUGGGCCUGAAGGACCGCGAGCUGUGCUGGCGCAACUCGGAGGGCUUUGCCGCCUGGUGCCGCUUCGGCCGCCGGGGGUUGAAGGCGGAGUAG